AUGAUCGCGGGAACACUUGGACCGGUAGCGUCGGCGUUUAGCAUCUGCGCCUUGAGCCAGUCGUGGGUGCAGCACAGUCCUCCUGGCACCGGUGUGAGCGAUGCGACUCUCGUGUCCGACCCGGCCUGGUGGGUAUCUUCGCAAGAAGCCGCGAGGCAAGGCACACGUUCCGCUGACAUGGUCUGCGCCAGGCUGACGACCGUAAGAGCCCUGCAGCUAUGCCUCGCGCUCGUGUCCAACAUGUUCCUCCUGCUAGAUGUGACGAGAAAGGUUCGCUUCACCAUUGCGGAGCCAAUCGCAAUAAUAGGCUGGUACGCGUCCGCCGUUUGCUUCGUGUGUCUCGAUGCCGUGGCGUCGGGGCCCCUGCUCGACAGCCUGGGGCUCUCUGGAGACGACAGGAUGUGGUCGCAGGCUUUCUACUACGGGAUUUGGUCUGCGGUGCUGUACUUUGUCGCCGCGUCAGUUCUGGCCAUCACGUUCUGGGGCGCGCUGCACGGCCGCCGCGGGGAGGACUUCAAUCUCAGCCGCGGCCAGCGGACGCUCGUGCUGCAAGCCAUGCUGUUCCUCACGUACCUGCUCCUGGGCGCCCUGCUGUUCUCCAGGCUCGAGGAGUGGGAUUAUCUAGACGGCGUCUAUUGGGCGGACGUGACCCUCUUCACCAUCGGCUUCGGCGACAUGGUCCCCACGACGGUGCUUGGCCAGGCGUUGCUGAUCCCCUAUGUGCUCGUCGGAAUCACCAGCCUCGGCAUCGUCGUCAGCUCCAUCCGGAGCAUGAUAGUCCAGCGUGGAGGCCAGCGGCUCGACGCCCGGGUGGACGAGAAAAGUCGUCGCAACGCCCUGCAGAAGGUUCUCCGCAGGGGGAAAGGCGACAUGCUGAUCCCGCUCGAGGGAGGAGGUGAACCUCUCGCCGACCUAUACGCCCGGGAGCUUGAGCGGCGCCGCGGCGAGUUUGAGUUGAUGCGCGCCAUACAGAAACGGGCGUCGUCGCGGAGGAAAUGGGCGGCAAUGCUCAUAUCCACCGUGUGCUGGCUCGGUCUGUGGUUCUGCGGCGCCGUCGUCUUUUUCAAAUGUGAGAAGGCGGCCCAGGCUUGGACGUACUUUGACGCUGUCUCCUUUUGUUUCAUAUCGCUGACGACAGUCGGGUACGGCAAUCUGGUCCCCAAAUCGAAUGCCGGCAAGUCGUUUUUCGUUUUUUGGUCCUUGAUUUCCCUGCCGAUUCUCACCAUCCUCAUAUCGAAUGCCGGAGAAACGGUUGUCAGGGUCGUCAAUGACAUCACAAUCCGGGCGGGAAGCAUCACUAUCCUUCCUGGGCGCGGAAGCUUCCGCCACAACCUGAAGCAACUCGCUCGUCAGCUGAGCUGUGGCUAUUCGUGCCCCGAUUCUGCCGUGGAUACGAGUUUCGAUUUGGAGAAGGGAACGGCUCGACAACACCGAGCUCCGGAGGCCAGGGCGCCGAAGCUGAAGGGUAGGGAUGGCCCAAGCCAUGGCACUGAGAAUGGGACUUUUCAAACCUCUGUUUCCCAGUCUGAGAGCCCGGUAUCGCCGCGAAGCCAUCCACCAUGCCAGACUAUGUCAUCGCGACGUUGUGCUGACAUUUGCGGAGCCGAGCUCGACGACAAUCUUCCCACUGGGGAUGACUUGCACCUCCUCCUCGUAUCUGAGAUUCAGGCCGUGGCAGAAACCAUUCGCAAAGAUAGGCGUCGAAGAUACACGUUCCAAGAUUGGGUGUGGUAUUUGCGCUUGAUGGGUGAGGAUGAGCGCGACCCAGACGCUCAUCGUGAGACGAGGCCGACAGAGCGACCGAGGAUCUUGGACAAGUUCCUUCCGGCAAGGACGAAGACGCUGCGGAGUCGGCGAACUUCGCGGCAUCGUGGUGAAGACGCCGAGUCUGGGACUGAGCAGAGCCGGCAGCCAGAGGAACACGACACCCGUUCGUUGAAGUGGUCGUGGGUUGGAGACCAAAGCCCCCUGAUCAGUGGGAAAGAGGAGAGCGAGUGGAUUUUGGAGAUGCUGAUGGAAAGGUUGAGGGCGUUGCUGAGGGAAAGCAGCAGACAGCAUCAGGAUACCGGGCCAGAAUCGUCAUGA